AUGUAUUUUCAGUACACAAUAGGAGCCAUUUUUACUGUAACAAUUUUGUGCGUUCAUUGUGAUAAUGUUGCUAAUUACAACGAAAGUAUGAAGAUUUACGUUCCGUCCGCCCCGCAAAAUCUAACAGCAAACAGUGUGACCAGCGAACUUAUCCACCUCUCGUGGAUCCCGCCCACCACUUUCACUCUCCACGUGCGCUCUACAACAAACCCUGGCCCCGAUAAUGACGACACAUCCAAAAUAGAACCAGAUCUCACCGUGAUCGAGAAGAUGAAACAGGAUACCCUAUCUGACGAACCGUUUGAUGACGCAAUUGAACCUCAUGCCUCUUUAACCGAGGCUUCCAUAAGUCCAGAAAAACUUGACUCUUCACCUUACAAUUGGUACAAGAAUGACAAACAAAAAUAUAAUGAUGGGUAUUCCAAUUCUGAUAUUCUGUUUGACGAAGCGUACAAAAGCAAAAGAGAGAGGCGCUCUCACAGACACAGAAAAAGAAGACAGGAUAGCAGUUCAACGGACUCGAACAUAAUAUUACAUUUGGAGAAAGUGUUAGAAGACACGCAUCAAGAUUUCGAACUUCCAAAAGAGGUGGUGAAGAAAGCCUCGUCGAUUAUUCCGCAUAAAGAUUUUACGGAGAUCGCUUACGUUCUAUACUAUGAGCAAGGGGUGCCAAAAUACAAUGCUGCGUCGGUAAUUGGUAUUCAAACAUCUUCUGAUGUAAAGAGAAACAACGUAUUUCCCAGUGACUUGGGCAUGGAGAACUAUUCCAAAGCAACGAGAAACUUGACGUUGCUUAACAAUUCGGGAGUGGCUACUAAAGCUGUCGGUUUCCGACUAAAGGAUUUGAAACCAUUCACACCUUACAAGAUCUGGGUCCGUGCAUUUUAUAAAUUUUCGCUAAGCGGUGUCAGUUCUUCUGGCUUGUUAGACCGCCUGGGCCCAAAGUCAGAGCCUCUCUAUGUACUGACUGAUGUAAGGCCACCGUCUGCACCUAUAAUACUUAACUUCACCUGUGAUCAACCUAAUGGAUUACUUUACCUACAAUGGCGUCAACCCCUGGAGUACAACAACUCGUUGGACCAGUAUGUGGUGACGCUUAGGAAAAUACCAGAGCAGCAGCCGCGUACAAGACUGACAAUGCCUACUAACAAAACUGACAUAGAUACUGCUAUUAGUGUGGCGGUGGAACUUUGGAACGUAACGCGCUAUGAGGUCAAGAUAUAUGCCGUCACUUUAUCAGUAGCAAAUCCCAACACUCUUAUUAAUGGAUCGGAAUCCCCUCCUGAGGAGAUUUCAAGUGAGUCGUGUAUCGCGCACUCGGCAGCAAUGUCGCCGAGUGAAGGCUCUAUGAGUGCACGCAACGUCGGCACCGCAGCUCUACUGGCCGUCUCUUUGCUGGUAAUCCUGGCCGCCAUCGGGGCUGCCGUUCUCUACUGGAGAUGCAGAUCACGUUUGAGUAAAUGCAUCAGUGCAGCUUACAACUAUCUUGAGGAAGGCGGCGAGAGAGCUGCAAGGGCGCCAUUGAAUGUUUAUAAGAAACCUGUGUGUUCGCCGCUGCGUGCGGGCGCGGGUAGCGCGUGCGGCGCGGGCACGGGCGGGGGCGCGGGCGUGGGCGAGGAGGUUGAAGCGGCACGGCCACCGCGCAUGGCCGGGCCCGAGCGACCGCCGCUGCGCGCGCGCGCCUUCGUGCGCCACGUCGCUGCGCUGCACGCCGACGGCGACAUCGGCUUCAGCAAGGAGUAUGAAAUCGUAGUGGCGAAAUCGGCUGCUCUGGGUCACACCAGUCAUCACAGCUAUCGACCGGAGAACAGAUUAAAAAACCGAUACCUCAACAUCACAGCUUACGAUCAUUCGCGCGUGUGCGUGUCAGCGGGCGCGCGGUGCGGCGCGGCGGGGUGUGUGGGCGCAGGGCGCGGCGCGACCUGCGACUACGUGAACGCGAACUUCAUCGACGGCAUGCUGCCCGCGCUCGACGCACAAGCAGAGCGCCGCCUCGAGCGCAAGCUUCAGGGCCGCGCCCGCCCACAGCGGCAACCAUCAAUAAAACAAUCGAAACCCCCGCCCAACUUAGCGGAAGGAAUCGAAUCCGCAUUCCUUAACAUCGAGUUCUCUGGCAUCGUGGAAUCGGAAGAACAGGCCGAAGACUCCGACAGCGACCGAAGCGACGACGAUAGUGAACUAGACGACGUAUAUGUUAAUAUAAAUGGCACUCCGCGGCGCGUGAAGCUGGAGUGGCUGGUGUGGCGGCGGCGCUACAUCGCCACGCAGGGCCCCACGCCCGCCACGCUCGACGCCUUCUGGCGCAUGAUCUGGCAGCACCGCGUGCACACCGUCGUCAUGAUCACUAACCUCGUGGAGCGUGGACGCCGUAAGUGCGACAUGUACUGGCCGGCGGGUGGGCGUGGUAGCUCGGCAGAAUUCGGCGGCGUUCACGUGACUCUGCUCCACGAAGACGUGCGUGCCGCCUACACCGUGCGCCGCCUGCGUGCGCGCCCGCUGCACAAGGGCUGCGAAGGAAGUGACGAAAACGAUACCCCAGAUAGUGGGCGCAUCAUACUACAGUACCACUAUACGGUGUGGCCAGACCACGGAACACCUCGACAUCCGCUUGCAGUGUUACCCUUCGUGAAGGCUGCCUCCGCCGACCCUGGAACUGUGCUCGUGCACUGCAGUGCUGGAGUAGGACGUACAGGCACGUACAUAGUACUGGACGCACAGCUAAACCAAUUGAAACUGACCGGCACACUGUCUCCUCUUGGCUUUCUAUGCCGCGCUCGAACCCAAAGAAAUCACUUAGUUCAAACUGAAGAGCAGUACGUAUUUGUGCACGAUGCCUUGCUCGAGCACGUCCGUUCGGGGAACACCGAAGUGGAAUUCUCAAAGGCCAGAGAAUACCUGGCGAAACUUCUGGAAGACAUAUCAGAGGAGGAGUUAGCGGUUAUGGACAUCAAUCCGCCCAGGCCGAAGAGUAUAAAUGAAAUGAAUGGUGAAACAUCCAGUAUCAAAUCAAGUCAGAAUAUCACCGAGAAAGAGUUGGCGGAAAACGGAAGCCAAGUAUCGAUAAAAACGGACGAAUUGAACAGUGAACUGAGCAAAUCGUCGGCAAGGGAUUCGGAUAACCAACAAGAAGAUUUGAAGGAAGGUUUAGUGAAUGGGGAUGACUCCGAAGGAGUGUAUGAUUUGGCUCCACGGUCUACUGACACAUACAGCAAGAAGAUGCAAGCAUACAACAACAUGAAUGAACAAGAGAGAGAAGAAAUGAGAAGAGCAAACCGAGCCGAAAACUAUGCGUUAUUAGAACGAAUGCGGUCACUUGCGAAUCGCAACAAUGUAUACCAAGGACCUCCACCAGUUAAUUUGCUAGAAAAACAAUUCCAGUUAAUAACGCGCUCGUGCGUAGAACCAAGCGUAUGCGCGCGUGCACCCCACAACGCUGAAAAGAACCGGCCCGGUGGCAUCCUGCCUUCAGACUCAGCAAGAGUCAUGCUCGUCCCAAAGCCCGGUGUGGAAGGCAGCGAAUACGUGAACGCGUCAUGGGUGUGCGGGCGGCGGCGCACGCGCGAAUUCGCGGUGGCGCAGCUUCCAAGCGCGCGCGCCGCGCCCGACUUGUGGCGCUUGCUGUGGGACCACACGGCUCAGCUCGUGCUGCUGUUGCACGACCCGCACGACCCGGUACGUACACCCGCACACUGCUACACACAAAAGCGCGCGCCCCGCCCGACCUGUGGCGCCUGCUGUGGGACCACACGGCGCAGCUCGUGCUGCUGCUGCACGACCCGCACGACCCGGUACGUACACCCGCACACCACUACACACGCAAGCGCGCGCCGCGCCCGACCUGUGGCGCCUGCUGUGGGACCACACGGCGCAGCUCGUGCUGCUGUUGCACGACCCGCACGACCCGGUACGUACACCCGCACACCGCUACACACACAAGCGCGCGCUGCGCCCGAUUUGUGGCGCCUGCUGUGGGACCACACGGCGCAGCUCGUGCUGCUGCUGCACGACCCGCACGACCCGGUACGUACACCCGCACACCGCUACAACACAAGCGCGCGCCGCGCCCGACCUGUGGCGCCUGCUGUGGGACCACACGGCGCAGCUCGUGCUGCUGCUGCACGACCCGCACGACCCGGUACGUACACCCGCACACCGCUACACACACAAGCGUGCGCCGCGCUCGACCUGUGGCGCCUGCUGUGGGACCACACGGCGCAGCUCGUGCUGCUGCUGCACGACCCGCACGACCCGGUACGUACACCCGCACACCACCCUACACCCACAAGCGCGCGCCGCGCCCGACCUGUGGCGCCUGCUGUGGGACCACACGGCGCAGCUCGUGCUGCUGUUGCACGACCCGCACGACCCGGUACGUACACCCGCACACCGCUACACACACAAGAGCGCGCGCCGCGCCCGACCUGUGGCGCCUGCUGUGGGACGACACGGCGCAGCUCGUGCUGCUGCUGCACGACCCGCACGACCCGGUACGUACACCCGCACACCGCUACACACACAAGCGCGCGCCGCGCCCGACCUGUUGCGCCUGCUGUGGGACCACACGGCGCAGCUCGUGCUGCUGCUGCACGACCCGCACGACCCGGUACGUACACCCGCACACCACUACACACACAAGCGCGCGCCGCGCCCAACCUGUGGCGCCUGCUGUGGGACCACACGGCGCAGCUCGUGCUGCUGCUGCACGACCCGCACGACCCGGUACGUACACCCGCACACCACUACACACACAAGCGCGCGCCGCGCCCGACCUGUGGCACCUGCUGUGGGACCACACGGCGCAGCUCGUGCUGCUGUUGCACGACCCGCACGACCCGGUACGUACACCCGCACACCGCUACACACACAAGCGCGCGCCGCGCCCGACCUGUGGCGCCUGCUGUGGGACCACACGGCGCAGCUCGUGCUGCUGUUGCACGACCCGCACGACCCGGUACGUACACCCGCACACCGCUACACACACAAGCGCGCGCCGCGCCCGAUCUGUGGCGCCUGCUGUGGAACCACACGGCGCAGCUCGUGCUGCUGUUGCACGACCCGCACGACCCGGUACGUACACCCGCACACCGCUACACACACAAGCGCGCGCCGCGCCCGAUCUGUGGCGCCUGCUGUGGGACCUCACGGCGCAGCUCGUGCUGCUGUUGCACGACCCGCACGACCUGGUACGUACACCCGCACACCACUACACACACAAGCGCGCGCCGCGCCGAUCUGUGGCGCCUGCUGUGGGACCACACGGCGCAGCUCGUGCUGCUGUUGCACGACCCGCACGACCCGGUACGUACACCCGCACACCGCUACACACACAAGCGCGCGCCGCGCCCGACCUGUGGCGCCUGCUGUGGGACCACACGGCGCAGCUCGUGCUGCUGUUGCACGACCCGCACGACCCGGUACGUACACCCGCACACCGCUACACACACAAGCGCGCGCCGCGCCCGACCUGUGGCGCCUGCUGUGGAACCACACGGCGCAGCUCGUGCUGCUGCUGCACGACCCGCACCACCCGGUACGUACACCCGCACACCGCUACACACACAAGCGCGCGCCGCGCCCGACCUGUGGCGCCUGCUGUGGGACCACACGGCGCAGCUCGUGCUGCUGCUGCACGACCCGCACGACCCGGUACGUACACCCGCACACCACUACACACACAAGCGCGCGCCGCGCCGACCUGUGGCGCCUGCUGUGGACCACACGGCGCAGCUCGUGCUGCUGCUGCACGACCCGCACGACCCGGUACGUAUACCCGCACACCGCUACACACACAAGAGCGCGCCCCGCGCCCGACCUGUGGCGCCUGCUGUGGGACCACACGGCGCAGCUCGUGCUGCUGUUGCACGACCCGCACGACCCGGUACGUACACCCGCACACCGCUACACACACAAGCGCGCGCCGCGCCCGAUCUGUGGCGCCUGCUGUGGGACCACACGGCGCAGCUCGUGCUGCUGUUGCACGACCCGCACCAACCGGUACGUACACCCGCACACCGCUACACACACAAGCGCGCGCCGCGCCCGAUCUGUGGCGCCUGCUGUGGAACCACACGGCGCAGCUCGUGCUGCUGCUGCACGACCCGCACCACCCGGUACGUACACCCGCACACCGCUACACACACGCGCGCGCCGCGCCCGAUCUGUGGCGCCUGCUGUGGAACCACACGGCGCAGCUCGUGCUGCUGCUGCACGACCCGCACCACCCGGUACGUACACCCGCACACCGCUACACACACAAGCGCGCCCCGCGCCCGAUCUGUGGCGCCUGCUGUGGGACCACACGGCGCAGCUCGUGCUGCUGUUGCACGACCCGCACGACCCGGUACGUACACCCACACACCGCUACACACACUUACACACGCGCGCGGCGCGCACGACCUGUGGCGCCUGCUGUGGGACCAUGUUAUGUUUACAGAACGAAUAGGUCUGCGUGAAUGCGAAGUUUUCUGGCCGACGGAAGAAGAAAAGGAACUAUUUGUAGCAAAUUUCAGAGCUAGUUUCGUAUCGAAAGAUAUUUAUGUCGCCCAUAGAAAGAUGGACCGGAAAUCCCCACCAGCAACCCCUGCGGAACGUGAAAUUAAUGGUUACAGGCGGCAAGAGAGUAGUGAUUGUGCGGAUGACGAGCGACUGAUCCCCGAAAACAGCUCCCCAGCGACAGAUACGGAACCAGCCUAUCGAUUCGACAGAACAGAACUUAGGUUGGAGAGACUGAGCACCGGCAGCAGGGACUUGUCUGCUCGAAAAUCGAUAGCGAACGGCGAUCUUUUCUCAUCCCUUUCAGAGAAAAAGAGCGGACCAAAAUCUCCGAAAAGCCCUUCAAAGAUGUCGCUGAAGAACUUCAAACUGAGUUCUCCCACGAAGUUCAAGUUCCCCGACUGGGGUACGAGAACGGCCGGUUCUCCACCUGAUACAGCACCUCCCCCUCCACCAGUCGAACCCGCUCUCACCGUAGAAGAGGAAACAGAGCUACAUAGACCAUGUUACAUGUUCGAGAAGGUUAACGAAGUGCCGGAUCAUGUUCCAUCCGAUAGGGUUAUAGAAGUUACUAAUGUCAGUGUGCAUUCGUUGCAAGAUGACUACCAGCUUAGUGUUAAAUUUAUAAAGUGCAGUAAUUGGUUGGACGGUGAUACAACAGUGUAUACAGCAGGGAAACCAGAUGAUAACGAGUUUAUUAGAGCAGUGCGGCAAACGUGUGGGAGCGAGAGGGAACAGGCGCUAGACAGGCUUAUAGAGCCCUAUAAAGACUCUUUCGGUCUAAUAGAGUUUGUUGCUGGCUGUCAGAUGGAGUAUAAGAAUGGACCUGUUGUUGUUGUGGACAAAUAUGGCGGCUGGAAGGCGCUCAGCUUCUGCGCACUGAGCGCGGCUGGCGGCGGGCAGGACAGCACUGCGGCCGAGUUGUACUGCAGCUGGGCGCUCUCUGCGCACGCACGCUGUGCAGCUGGACCGCACUCUCCCCAUUCCCCCACGUCUUCACACUCAUCGCACUCGGCAAAGCAUGGUGCAAGUCCAAGCCCGCACUCGCCGGCUGCAUUGUUGGCGACGUACUGCGCGCUCGCCGCAUACGGCCCAAUGUUAGGUGCACGCAACAGCUGA